UAACACAAAUCGCUGAGCGGCUGUGCUAGCAGUCGGGAAACCGCAUUUAAUCAAUACGUGAAUGAAACAUGGCACUUGUGUUAAGCGAAAGUGGCCGGUUUUCUUGAACGAUUACGCCAAGAUCGCUAGGAGAAGCUCCGAAGAAGCUACUUGUGGUUCAGACCUGCCUGUAGAAGUGUUUUCACCCCCUACGAGACGCUGAACUGUGAUCGUGAUUCGCUAAUGAGGCGACCGGCUUCUAGUUUGCGGAUUCUUUUCGGCAGUUGAUAACAAUUUUUAUCGUUUAAUUAACGUCAGCGCCUUAGCAUGGGAACUCAAGAAAGCUAUGUCUUCUUUUGGUUCGUCACCUUCUGUGGCAUGUUUACGGCUUUCGUCCCAUUCGUCGUCAGAAUGGUGCUUCAGGUGAUUUCACAAGAGACCGAGAUGGAAUCUAACAUGCGUCGGCAAGUGUGCGAUUUGAGGGCCGAACUCGGAAGCAUGAACAUAGUCGAUGAGUUCGCCAAGUAUGCGAAGAUACAACGAAAGAUUAACAAGAUGUCAGAAGAGCUGGCACAUCAAGCCAAGCUCAAGUCAAUGUACACAUUCAAGGUCAGACUGGCAGCCACGGCGCUACUCUAUGCACUUGUGGGUGUGGCAGUUGCUUACAUUGUUUGGAACUACAGGUCGCACCCUGUUGUUGUCUUGCCUGAGGCAUGGCUCUCGCCUAUUGGUUCACUACUUGCGCCUGCCUCUGGUCCACCAGGUGGGAUCGGGCUCACACCUUGGCUCCUAGUGUCAAGUUCAGUUGGGCGACAGAUCGCAAAGCACCUAUAGUUCAUCUGGCAUCAUCAUUGGCUGUAGAAAUUAGACUACAUCCAUUCCCGAUUUUUCACUUAACUUGUACACAUUGUUAUGGGAUGGGGGAACCUGGCAUAAAAUUGUUGUGUGGUGUGUGCAUGUGUGUUUUAUUAUACCAUGAAUAAAACCCUCCCUUUAUUGAAA